CGGGCUGCAGCCUGGGAGUGCGAAACCAGGGUUUGAGCUCUGGCAAUGGCGGCGGCGGCGGCGGCAACGGCAAAUGCGGGAGAGGACGGGCAGCGGCAGCCACUGGCUGAACCAACCCUAACAAUGAGGGGUAAUAGUUUGGAGGCAGAGGCUGGAGAGCUGGGAAGGCUGAAAGCCCAGCUCGGGGCAGCCCUGGCAGAGAUGGAGAACAUGAAGGCGGUGGCAGAGGUGAGUGAAAGCACCAAGGCUGAGGCUGUGGCCGAGGUGCAGAGACAGUGCCGGGAGGAGGUGGCAUCCCUGCAGACCAUCCUCAAAGACUCCAUUAGUAGCUAUGAGGCUCGAAUUUCUUCUCUGGAGCAAGAACGGAAACAGCAGCAGCAAGACCAAGAGGCAAGAGAGAGGGAGAUGGCCCGGCUGAAGCAGCUUCUCUCUCGUUCUCACCCUCUGGACUCCUUGGAGAAACAGAUGGAAAAGGCUCACGAGGAUUCAGAGAAACUUCGGGAAAUCGUGCUGCCCAUGGAGCAGGAGAUUGCAGAAUUGAAGGGGAAGCUCCUCAGGGCAGAGGAGCUGAUCCAGGAGAUCCAGGGCAGCCAGGGUCGUCCCCAUCCCCAGCAUUCCUUACACGGCUCCACAGAACUGCUGUCUCUGCCCCGGAACCCAUCCCCUCCCCUGGAGCCCCCAGAAGACCUGAGUGUGGAUGGGGGUGCUGCGGCCGAAGUCUUCGCCCGGAAUUGUGAUGACAGCGCCUCCAUCUCUUCCUUCUCGCUGGGAGGAGCCGGCAACAGUGCCUCCCUGCCCCGAGGACGCCGGGGAAUGAGCCCCGAGCAGGAGGAGACAGCCUCUCUCGUCUCUACGGGGACCCUGGUUCCUGAAGGCAUCUACCUGCCUCCCCCGGGCUACCAGCUCGUGCCGGAACAGCAGUGGGAGCAGCUGCAGCUCGAGGGACGGCAGCAGCAAGAGUCUUUGCAGCAGCUUCAGAGGCAGCUGGACAGUGCGGGCCACGAGCGGGAUGAGCUCCAGGAGGCCCUGAAGCGGAGCAGCGAAGACUGCGCCAAGCAGGUUCAGGUGCUGCUGGCUCAGGUACAAAACUCAGAGAAGCUUCUGCAGACCUUGCAGGGGACUGUGAGCCAGGCUCAAGAGAGGGCUCAGCAGCAAAUGGCAGAACUGGCUGCCUCUCACAAGCGUGUCUGCUAUGAAAUAAAGCGGCUAAAUGAGGAGAACCAAGGACUUCGGUGUCAGCAGCCCUCGUCUGUGGGCUCCCGAGUUCAGGAGCAAGAGCAGGUUGAAGAGGAGGAGCUGCUGCUGCCCACGUCCCCCCUGGAGCUCCAGCAGUUGAUACGGAGCAUUCGGCAAGAAGCCCGGGAAUGCCGGCGUGCCCAGGAGCACGAGGCUGAGCGGCUGCGCAUCGAAAUUGUGACCCUGAGGGAGGCCUUGGAGGAGGAGACGGCCUCCAGGGCGGGCCUAGAGAGGGAGCUGAGGCUCCAGCGAGAGGAGACAGAGGUUUCAGAGGCCUCCCUGUGUAGCCUAAGGACCGAGAUGGAACGGAUCCAGCAGGAGCGGAGCAAGGCAGAGCAGCAGCUUCAGGCAUCCCAGAGGCAGCCGCCGGGCCCAGCUGUCGGUUGGACUGAGGAGAAGGCUCAGCUCACAGGCCUUCUCUCAGAACAAAGGGCCAAAGUGUUACGGCUUCAGGCUGAGCUGGAGACCAGUGAACAAGUGCAGAGAGACUUUGUUCGGCUGUCCCAGGCCCUCCAGGUACGCCUGGAGAGGAUCCGACAGGCAGAGACCCUGGACCAGGUGCGCAACAUCGUGGAUGAGACGCCCCUCCGAGAUGUGAAGGACAUAAAGGACACCUGAAGGCAACCGGAGGCCGGGGAUCUCAACUCGCCAUCUCCCCUCCCUCCCACACAGCUCUGGGGAAAGAACCUGCUUUCUUAGACUCCAACAACAUUCAGGAUUUCUGGGAUUUAGGGAUAAUGAAACCUAGCCUUCUACCCCCUCCGGAAAACUGAGUCCCUUUCCCCUGGGCCAGCAGCGGAGGGGCUGGAUCCCAUCUAGUCCAGGUGCCCAUCCCCAUGGGGGAACCUGGGCCUUUCUGCUCUCAGGGAAGACAACAGAGAGGGGGUCCUGAGGCCUCCUCCCCCAGCCAAAGGCAAAAGAGCAUGUCCUAGAAGCUCUUCCUCCUAAGGCCCCCAAACCUGCCCUGCAGCUCCUCCUGACACUAAUCCCCCCCCCAACUUUUGUUUUUGCACCUCCCUUCCUCCACCCUCCUCAAGAGGGCCCUCAGCCAGCCAUCGCUGCCUUCACGUGUUCGGAUACCCGUGUGCUGUCCUAGAGAUCACCCAGGACUCAACCAGACUUGUUUUUGUUCCCACACACAGAGGUCUAGGCCAGAGUUUGCUCUCCUUUAAUGUCAAUAAAUUAGCAGCUCAGA